GACACCACGCUUUGCAUGUGUCUGGGGAGCCUUUUGGAGCUGGGCAGUAGUACACAACCAGAAGGAAGGACGGGCGUGGCUCCUGGGAGUGACCGCCUGCUGGAAGAGGCUUUCGGUGUUUGCAAGAGCAGGCCCUUGGACUUGGUGUUUAUCAUCGACAGUUCGCGCAGUGUACGGCCCUUGGAGUUCACCAAAGUGAAAACCUUUGUCUCUCGGAUAAUCGACACUUUGGACAUUGGCGCGGCGGGCACGCGGGUGGCAGUGGUGAACUAUGCCAGCACCGUGAAGAUCGAGUUCCAUCUCCAGACCCACUCGGAGAAGCAGUCUCUGAAAAAGGCCGUGGGGCGAAUCACACCCUUGUCCACAGGCACCAUGUCUGGCCUGGCCAUCCAAACAGCGAUGGAGGAAGUGUUCACAGUGGAGGCCGGAGCUCGCGGGUCCAGCUCCAACAUCCCUAAGGUGGCCAUCAUCGUGACAGAUGGACGGCCCCAGGACCAGGUGAAUGAGGUGGCAGCUCGGGCCCGGGCGUCUGGUAUUGAGCUCUACGCUGUGGGUGUGGACCGGGCGGACAAGGAGUCCCUCAAGAUGAUUGCCAGCAAACCCCUGGACGAGCACGUGUUCUACGUGGAGACCUACGGGGUCAUUGAGAAACUUUCCUCUAGGUUCCAGGAAACCUUUUGCGCUGUGGACCCGUGCAUGCUUGGCACACACCGGUGCCAGCAUGUGUGUGUUAGUGACGGGGAUGGCAAGCACCACUGUGAGUGCAGCCAAGGAUAUUCCUUGAACGCCGAUAAGAAGACUUGCUCAGCAAUCGAUAAGUGUGCUCUUAACACUCAUGGAUGUGAACAUAAAUGUGUGAAGGACAGAACUGGCUCUUAUCAUUGUGAAUGCUAUGAAGGUUACACCUUGAAUGAAGACAGGAAAACGUGUUCAGCUCAGAAUCAAUGUGUUUCUGGCACACAUGGUUGUCAGCACGUUUGUGUGAAUGACAGAGCUGGGUCCCAUCACUGUGAAUGCUAUGAGGGCUACACUCUGAAUGAAGAUAACAAAACUUGCUCAGUUCGCGACCAGUGUGCCCUGGGCUCUCACGGUUGCCAGCACAUUUGUGUGAGCGAUGGGCCUGCAUCCUACCACUGUGACUGUUACACCGGCUUCACCUUGAAUCAAGACAGGAAGACAUGCUCAGUCAUUGAAGAAGCACGAAGACUCAUCUCCACAGAAGAUGCUUGUGGAUGCAAAGCCACGCUGGCAUUCCAGGAUAAGGUCAGCUUGUAUCUGCAGAGGCUGAACACCAAAAUCGAUGACAUUUUGGAGAAGUUGCAAGCAAAUGAAUAUGGACAAAUACAUCGUUAAAUUGCUCAAAAUUUUCACCCGCAAAUAUGGAGAACUUAAUAUAUUUAAUACUUUUGCAAUGUUCCUGAUAAUAAUUUGCCAUUACAAAUGCUUGAAUAUUACUGGAUAAGUAGUUUGAGGAUCUUCUGGAGAAUCAGUGUCAUUUUUUCUAAGGAAAUAAAUGUCCAGAUCCUUAGUAAAAGCAAACUUUAGUGUCUCUAAGCUAUGACUGUGAAAUGGUUGGUAGUCAAUAGAAUGAAAGUUCAAUAUUCUUUUAUUUACUAAUUGAGCCAUUUAAUUUUUAAAUGUUUAUAUUAGUAAGAUAACCACACUUAAGUGGGAACAUUUGAUCUAUUUUCUCUUGAUAGUAUUUAUAGUAUAAACCAGUUUUAUUACUGAGAGUGUAAAUUGUACAAAGUAUUUACACUUUUAAUUAAGGAAUUUAAUUAAAAGUUCCUUUAAUUAAAUUGAGGUGAAUAGAAUUUAGAACUGUUUCUUUAAUACUUUUCAUUUUUUGCUCAUUUUUGCUAAUUAUUGAAGUUGUGAUCAGGGGAUUAUAAAACAUAUAACUAAAACUAGUUAACAAAGAUCAAGUGAACAUUACAUGCCAUUUUUCAUUCAUUCUGAUGUUAGAAAGGAACAAAUGACUAAAAACUUUAGUUGUGAAUUAAGAGUGUUAUAAAUCCUAAAUUUACUUUAUCGUUUUACUUUAGGAUCUAAUCAACAAAAUUUAUAUUUAUAAAUAAUAAAUGUAUUUCAUAAUAAAAUAUAACAAGAAAACCUAAUGUCGUCUUUUUAAAUGUUAGUGAUAAGCCUAACAACUUCUUUUCACUUAUAUAUUUGAUGCAUAUAAUUUUUUUCAGCUUUAAAGCUUAUAACUUUUAGAAGAAAACAGUCCUUUAAAUUGUGUACUACUCAAUUCUCUUUUUGGUUUGUAUUGUCUUUAGUAUAAUAAAAAACUUAAUAUCUA